GAGGGCGAACGUCCAUUCCAGAGGGUCCGGCCGGAGCCGCCGCCGCCGCCCCCCGCGCUGCAGCCGGAAGAGAUGAUUCCGCACCUUCGCUGCCCUUCGCUGGAGCACUUCAGAGACAACUACCUCAUUCCCCAGCGGCCCGUGGUCCUUGAGGGCGUCAUGGACCACUGGCCGUGUAUGAAGAAGUGGAGUGUGGACUAUUUUUGUCAAGUCGCAGGGUGCCGCACAGUCCCUGUGGAGUUGGGCGCUCGGUACACAGAUGAGGAAUGGUCUCAGCAGCUCAUGACUGUCAGUGACUUCAUCAGGCAGUAUAUCGUGGAUGAGAACAAUGUAGGAUACCUUGCCCAGCACCAGCUUUUUGAUCAGAUCCCAGAACUGAAAGAGGAUAUCAGUAUCCCUGACUACUGCUGCUUGGGGGAAGGGGAAGAAGAUGACAUCACCAUUAAUGCUUGGUUUGGUCCAGGAGGAACAAUCUCACCUCUUCAUCAGGAUCCCCAGCAAAAUUUUUUAGCUCAGGUAUUUGGAAGAAAGUAUAUCCGUCUCUGUUCCCCACAAGAUUCAGAAAACCUCUACCCACAUGAAAGCCAAAUUCUUCACAACACUAGUCAGGUUGAUGUGGAAGAUCCAGAUUUGGUCAAGUUUCCAAAUUUCCCAAAGGCUGCAUUUCAGUCCUGCAUKCUGAUGCCUGGACAGAUUCUGUUUAUUCCAGUUAAAUAUUGGCACUAUGUGCGAUCGCUUGAGCUCAGCUUCUCUGUCAGUUUCUGGUGGUCAUAGCKCUGAACUGUAGUCAGCAGCAGUGAAAUGGGAAUUAAAAAUCAGGGAAGUAGCAUCUUCCUCUCAGGAAAGGUUAGAGGUGAGCAAAUCCAAAAACCAAAAAAACUCUUGCUAAAGCAUCAAGAAGGAGUCACAACAGGUGAACAGAAAGAAUCUACAUGAUUUUUGUAGAUGUUUCUAAUAACUCCUAAAGAGCCUAUAUUACAUCAUCAUCCUGUGUGUGCAUCUCUCGGAAAGAGCCGAGUGUAUGGGCUCUGCCAGGGCUCUGCCUCAGCCUCUGUCUGAAACACCAGGGCAGUGUUAUCUUCUACUUGGAUUUAGUAACACCAGACCCUGGAGUUAGCUAGAGAGAUGGUGCUACUUAGAGGUUCAGUGCAUUAAAAAAUUAAGCUAACACCAAGCAAGGUACUAGUCUCCUGCAUAGAAAAAGUUACUCAUGUCCUGUUUCUGGCCAGGACAGGGUUAAUUUUUGCAGUAGCCAGGAGGGACGUGGCCAAGACCCAGAGGUUAUUCUGUACCACCUCAGCCAGCCACUGCUGUGGGCUYCUUGGUCUCUUAGUGAUUGAGUUACACUUCUGUGUGAAUAUUUUAUCUCUCUUGUACACUUUGUAAUUGACAUGGUUGCUCUUAAUGUACUUUUUCUUAUUCCAUUACUGUUUCCAGUAAAUUGUUGUUAUUGCAACUCACAAUCUUUAUGUUUUGGGCCUCCCAAUUCUCAUCACCAUGAAUGGUGAGGUAGGAGGAGAAGGGAGUCAGCAAGCAUCUCAUGAUUUGGAGUGUUUUGGUGGGAAUACUAAUUUGAGGAGUACCAUUCCUAAACCACAUCAUGUUAAAAGCCUAGAACAUAAUUAAAAUUAAUCCAUAGUUUAAGUGCAGUUAGAUAAACUGAAAUUUAAUUAUACUUUGAUUAACCAUCACCUGAACUGCUGACACAGCCUUUCUGCAGUGUCAGACAUCUCUACCAAGGACAGGAAUGCUGCCAUUUCAGUCUGGUGUCUAGCAACAGCCAGUCUUUGGCUCCUUUCCAACUUACUCUUAAAGGAAAAAGCAUCUUUACUUAAAACUGCAGACAGAAGUGCCAGGACUUAAAACCUAAAGAAUCUCACUAUCCUAAGUUUUUCAGCACUUCGCAGAUGUAAGCUAUGAGUGCCCCAAGUCCAGUCCUACUGCUUCCCAAUCAUUCUGUGGCAAUACUCCCUCCUUACUGAGCACAGCUGCUCAUGACCUGGCCUUACAUCAAG